UUUUAGGCUAACUUGUCUCUUUCAAGCACUCAGUCAAUUGCUGAUAAUGGAUCUACCGGUGCUGGAGGACGAUAACAAAGCGGUGGGGCACAGUGAGCCGAUUAGUGCCAUUACUGUUUCGCUACAUCCUUUAGUUAUAAUGAAUAUAUCGGAACAUGUAACUCGAAUAAGUGCACAACGGAACGAUGGAAAACCCUUCGAGGUUUUUGGUGCAAUACUUGGGAAGCAGUCUGGAAGGCAUGUUGAAAUGAUGAAUAGCUUCGAAGUGAAAUGGAGUGACGAAGGAAAGGGUUAUGCAGUUAUUGAUGCGGGCUUUCUUUCUACACGAGAACAGCAGUAUCAAGAAGUAUUUCAUGAUUUGGAUUAUGUUGGCUGGUAUACGAUUGGAAGCACAACACCAACAUCAGCAGAUUGGGAGGUGCAUCAGCAAUUCUCCGCAAUACAUGAAUCACCAAUUCUGGUGAAACUUGAUCCAGAAGCACCACCGGGCAAUAAAUUACCAGUGGCUAUCUAUGAAUCUCUGUGCACUACCGGCUUAUCAACAAACAGCCCAGGUUCAGUAGUAUGGCAUUCAGUUAACUGGUCAUUAGCCAGUGAACAAGCGGAACGUAUUGGGAUUGAACACGUUGCUCAGAUCUCAACUGUUUCAGCAAACACUAUUUCUUCCACUAAUAAACAAAUUGUGGGGCAGUUGGGUGCUAUAAAUAUGCUGCAAUCACGACUCGAACUUCUUUACGAUUAUUUAAUAGCAGUUCGUAAAGGCGAAUUACCACGCGAUGAAGCUAUUAUACGAGAAAUCGCUCAGUUAGUACGUCGAGUACCAGUUAUGGGUUCGGAAAAAUUCUUACAGCAAUAUAAAAAUCAGUGCCUGGAAGUCAAAAUGACUUCGCUUGUAGCAGUUCUUGCAAAAACUUGUGGGACGCUUAAUGAUCUAGUAACAAAGAUGAAUGUGAUGUCAAUGGAAAGACAAACUUGGCUUGUUGCCUCUGGCAGACGAACGCGUCCUUUUCAUGCUAUGUGAUUUGGUACUUUGAGGUCUUUAAGUAAAAUUCUCUAUUAGAGAUGUGAUAGUCUUUUAAUGGAAGUUUUCAUACUUACAGUAACAAUACAAAUUAAAAUUUUAUAGGUGUAAAGGUAAAAUUGUUGCG